CGGGAGCGUCGUGAUCUAGUGAGCUAUGCGUUAAUAUUAGAGCGUAGGCUCACGGUAAGGUCGCGAGCUAUACUUCAUGCGUGGUGGUAUGAUUGGAGGAACAAGUGGGGUGCACGUGAGAGGCGUAUGCGGUCGCAUGCUGGGUCGUAAUAGUUCUGUCUCGACACAUGGGCGGGAACAACCCUGGGGCGUCCCAUAUCCGGAGCCUGGAGGCCAGCGCACAUGUCGAAUCCCCUAGCGCACCAGAGAGCUGAUUCUGACUACAAUGCUAUCGUGGUGGAUGCGAACGUGUCCUUUGCUCUCAUCGCUGCGCGGAUUCAGGACAGAAUGGCCGAGCUGCCUCUAACGACACCAGCCGAGCUCAAGAAGCUCGACGAGGAGCUCCUCGACUGGCGCGCAAACAUCAAUCCUAUUUUGAACAAUGGUCGGCAUAGCCCCGAGCCAGUUCGUCUGGCUUGCAUCGUGCUUGGGCUGCGCUAUCUGAACCAGCGCAUGACCUUGCACCGACCUUUCUUACUACUUCAGACCAUAAAAGCCAGCACGGAGGGCAAUAUGGUCUCUCAAGAUGCAGACCGGAUUGCCGAUACAUGCUGCGCAAUUGCACAGGAGACUAUCAACACUAUAGCAGACAACUGGUACCCAAAUCAGCUGUUGGGAUGGAAUUGUACCUGGUUUCUGUUCCAGGCGUGUCUUGUUAUCCUCUUGAAGCUUCUAUCCAAGACAGCGGGAGCAGACAGCCAGAUAUUGGAGGUGUGCGUUGUCCAGUGCCUUGAACUGCUGACAGAAAUGCGCCCUUGGAGGAGAUCAGCUGCGCAGACACACGAUCUACUUUUAUUCAUCUUCAACGCCAGGACGGCAAGCACGCAGGACUGGGGCGCCAACUGUUCUCUGUCGGACGAAGCCCUUCUCAAUCUUUUAGGCUUUGGCCCAAUUGAUGGUGAUGUCGAUUGGAGCCAAAUCUUGGACUAUAAUGAACAGGCACCCUGUGGCGACUUGAUGGAUGGCAGCAGCAGCUAUCUCGGCUAGACAAAUCUCCGAAGAGGAUCACAUAAUUCCUUCACUUCUGCCUAGAUGU